AUGGCAGAUUAUAAAUUAAAUCAACGUGCAAAAGAACAAACCAAAGCAUUUAUCAAUGGUUUUCGAACAGUAAUCUCGGAAGGUUGGAUUAAAUUAUUUUCUCCUCCUGAAUUACAACGAGUAUUAUCGGGUGAAGAUACGGAUUUCGGUAUAUUCCUUUAUAUCUCUGAUUUACGCAGGCACACAGAAUAUCAGGAUGGGUAUUUUGACCUUCACCCAGUGAUCAGGCUCUUGUGGCAAAUUAUUGCUGAAUUCUCCUCCAACGAGAAACGAUCUUUUUUAAAAUUUGCUACGGGUUGCCCCAAGCCCCCAUUGGGUGGAUUCGAGUAUCUUCAACCACCAUUUACAGUCAGGAUGGUAUCAACAGACGCAGCUGAAAGCGCUAAAUUGGUGAAAUCUUUUUUUAAAUUGAACACAAAUCGAUCUGGCCGACUUCCUUCAAGCUCAACAUGCUUCAACCUUUUAAAAUUGCCAGCCUAUACCAAGAAAUCUCUUUUAAAAGAAAAGCUGUUAUACGGUAAAGAUACAAAAAUGCAUGGAUACUUAGAAUGUCAUGUGCUAAUUGUAUCCUUUUAG